AUGGAUUUCGCAUCCCUGAUGUCGAAAGAGCUCGCCAAGGCGACGGGAACGACGACAUCUUCAUCUCCCAGCGACCCUUCCGUCUCCUCCUCCAACAACAGCAACAACACAAGUAAUAAUAAUAAUAAUAGUAGUAGUAGUAGUAACAACAAGAAAUACAUACGCCGCGCCGAAGUCGAAGCCCAACGCGAAGCCGCGUACCGGGCCGAGCAAAAAGCCCUCGAGGAGAAGCGCGCGGCGAAAGCGGCGGAGAAGCGCAAGCGCGAGGAGGAGGCGGCCGAGGAGGCGCGGGCGCGGGAGGACAAGCGGCGGAAGCUCGAGGAGGAGACGCGGCGGCGGCGGGAGGAGCAGGCGGCGGAAGAAGAGCGGCGGCGACGGAAACGUCUCGGGCUGCCGGAGCUGCCGAAGGGCGAUGGCGGCAGCAACAGCAGCAGUCGGGAGGGAAGCGCGGGCGCAGAAGGCGAGGAGGACAUCCCGGAGGAGCAGCUGGUCGCGAAGCUGCGCGAGCUGGGCGAGCCCGCGACGCUGUUCGGCGAGACGCACCGCGUGAAGCUGCGGCGGUACCGGCGGCUGACGACGGUUGUGACGGCGGGGCCGAUCCCCACGACGCUGCGGCUGGUGGAGGAGAAGGACAUGAAGGUGGACGGGACGAUACCGCAGGACAAGGCCGGGCGGCAGUACCUGUUCCGGCAGCUGACGUCGUACUUCACGAUGGUGCUGCGGGAGUGGGAGGCGGCGCUCGCGCGGGAGGAGAACCGCGACACGUUCGCCGGCAAGGCGGCCGUCAACGCCAUGGUGUCGAGCCGCGACAACAUGGUGCCGCUGUUCCGCAAGUUCGAGAAGGGCGAGCUGGAGGACGACAUCCUAAAGCCCGUCGUCGAGAUCGUCCAGGCCGCCCAGGAGCGCCGGUACGUCGAUGCUAACGACGGGUAUCUGCGUCUGAGUAUCGGUAAGGCGGCGUGGCCUAUCGGUGUUACCAUGGUGGGUAUCCACGAGCGAAGCGCGCGUGAGAAAUUACACAAUGGUGAGCGGGGACACAUUAUGAGCGACGAGGUGACCCGGAAAUACUUGCAGAGCAUCAAACGGUGUCUGACGUUCGCGCAAGUACGCUGGCCUCCUGAAGACAUUAGGCAGCUAAUGGGAUAA